AUGUCUGAGCCGGUGAAGCUCAUCGGCUCCCUGGGUAGCCCGUACGUGCACCGCGCCGAGGUGGCCCUGCGGCUCAAGGGAGUCCCCUACGAGCUCAUCCUGGAAGACCUCGACGACAAGAGCGAGCUUCUGUUCACGCACAACCCUGCCAAUGAGAAGGUCCCGGUGCUGCUCCACGGGGACCGGCCUGCCAUCUGUGAGUCGCUCGUCAUCGUCGAGUACAUCGACGAGACCUUUGAUGGCGCGCCGCUCCUGCCGGCCGACUCACACGGCCGGGCAAUGGCCCGUUUCUGGGCUCGAUUUGUCGACGAGAAGUGCUCGAUGUCUAUGUGGGGGGCGCUGAUCUGGAUGAUCGCCGGCCACGCGCAUAGCGAGCCAGCGGAAACGGUGAAGGAUAACCUAACACUCCUAGAAACACAGUUUCCGGAGGGGAAGAGGUUCUUUGGAGGCGACACCAUCGGCUACCUCGACAUAGCCAUCGGUGGGAUCACUCUAUGGUUGGGAGUGUUCGAGGAGGUUGCCGGUGUGCCCCUGCUCACCGAGGAGAAGCACCCGGCGUUGUGCCGGUGGGUAAGGGACUACAUGGUAGAUGAGACCGUGAGGCGGUGCCUGCCAGAGAGGGGCCACCUCGUUGCCACCCUCACGUCGAGGAAGGAGCUAUACGUAGGCCUAGCCAAACCUGCGGUGCCACACACGCAAGAGUAG